AUGUUCCGCGAGGUCACCGCCGUCGACGAGGUCACCGUCAUCAAGGACAGGACCACCAAUGUCUCCCGAGGCCAUGAAGUGAAUUUGUGGGAUAUCACAUCUUGUAGUAGGACAUGGUCUGCUAAAUCUCUCCGAGCAAAUAGCCUGGUAUAUUCACUUGACCUUGGUUCACUGCUGGAACCUUCUUGUGCAAGGAUGACCAUCGUGAAAUUAUGGGCUGCACAAAUAAUCUUCAGGUAUGAUAACAUAUCACAUCAAAUGGAGUAUGAUUGCAUGAGCUGGCAAUAUUUGAAAAUAUCAAAGGAUAUGGAACUGUUAGAACGUGAGACAGAUCUGUGCAGAGAAUGUGGUCAAGGGGUAGAUAUCUUCCGUGCAAAGUCUAUCCAAGGUCAUUUCAUCAUCCAGGUUGUUUUGCAAGCCCUUGGGAUUAAUUACAAGCCUUGGAAUGUUCUUUUUUCUUAUUUGUUCGUGAAGUGGAAUUUUGAUUGUCAAGUGUGGAGUAAAAUCUAA